CUUGACCGAGUCUGUCUGUGGGUAGACCAAGGCAUGAGCAAGGCCAAACGUGGGUUGUUGGCAACCAACCACCGACCAGACCUUCCGGGCAAUGUGGGAAUGCUUGUGGGAGGCGGGGUGCGGUCUUCGUCGAGUUGUGAUGACUUUGGUGGCUUUGACUCGUCGGACGGUGGCGGCGAGGUCGGCGAGGGUAUGGCUGGCCGCAGUGGCAACGGUGUGGAGAUGCAGAAUGAUUGGAGCAUUCCGAACGCAGCAGGAGCCACGACGACGUUGAUUAUUCUGGGAAGCAUGAACAUGCUCAAUUAUGUUGAUCGAUAUGUUCCGUCUGCCACCAAGGAGCUGUUCAAGGCUGAGCUGGGGCUUACGGAUGCCCAGUCUGCGCUCCCGCUCUCGGUCUUUAUUGUUGUGUACAUGUGUGCCAGCCCGCUGUUUGGCUAUCUGGCCGACUCGGGCAUGGAUCGCCGGAUGCUGCUCACAGUCGGGGUGGUCAUCUGGUCUCUGGCGACGGCGGCUGGGGCGCUAGCGAUUGGCUUCUGGACCUUUCUUCUUGCGAGAGCGCUUGUGGGCGUUGGCGAGGCUGCGUACGCGACGAUUGCGCCGCCGCUGCUGGCAGACGUUUUUGCACCGGCGCGGCUGCCGCGGGCAAUGGCGUUGUACAACAUUGGUCUGCCGGUCGGCGCGGCCAUUGGGUUUGUGGUUGGCGGCUCGGUUGGGCACAGACUCGGGUGGCGGUGGGCGUUUCUCAUCUGCGGCUUGCCGGGUCUGGUUCUUGCGGCGUUCUUGUGGCGGAUCCGCGACCCCGGCCGCGGCUACUUUGAGCGGCAGCGCAGUGCAGACUCGAGCGUGAGCGUGACCGGCAGUGCGAGUGAGGACGGCGGCGAGAGCGGCGAGGACAAAGUGACGCUGGUGACGGAUGCACGACUCUCAUUGCUGGGCGGGGGCGGCGGUAGCGAGGCCAGCGAUGGGGGCGAGGCGAGUCAGGCAGGCGGUCGUGACGGCGAGACGGGCGUUCUCGUCCUGCCGUGGCUAACGGUGGCGGGCAUGCUCGCGCGCAACGCGCGGUACUUGUUGACGAUGCUCGGGCAGACGGCACUGACGUUUGGGGCGGGUGGAAUGGCUGACUGGCUGCCAACGUUUCUGGUGCGAUACCAUGGGCUCACGCUCGAGACGGCAGGGCUUGUAGUGGGCGGGGUGACUGUGGUUGCGGGCAUUUUCGGGACGCUCUCAGGAGCGCAGGCUGCAGUGUUUGCUGCGCCGCGGACAAAGAACGCCAACCUGGCGGUUUCUGGGCUGGCAAUGGUGCCUGCGACGGCCGGAGUCUUUCUCGCACUUGUGCUUCCGUCGGCCGGGAGUGUGAUUGCGCUGACGGCAGCGGCACAGUACUUUCUGUGGUUCUUCCAAGGCCCGUCCAACUCUGAGCUUGCGUCUGCGACGCCAUCGCUGAUUCGGUCGCGAGCGUUUGCGGUCUCGAUCUUCUGCUCGCAUGCACUGGGCGAUGCGGCGUCGCCGCCGAUCAUCGGCUUGGUUUCCGACUCGGAGUCGUCGCUGCGGACUGCGCUGCUGCUUGUGCCUGUGGCGAUGGCGGUGUCUGCGGUGCUGUGGCUGUGCGCGUGGCGCGGGCUGGGCAAGUUUGUGCCGCCCAAGACAUACUGGCGGGCAUGAGAGUGAGAUAGAGAGAGUGUGAGGUGUUGUGUGCACAGAAAAGCGCAGCGCCUUUGACGUCAGGGAGGGCUGCCCUCUGCUGCGGAGAGUGAAAUGCGGAGCGAG